AUGGCGGAAGGGAGGGAGGGGGAGUCACCGGCCCCGGAUCUCCGCUUCCAGGCGGCGCUGGAGCAGGAAUUGAAGCUGGGAGUGAAAACGGAGAGGAAGGACCCGGCGGGUCCCAAGUCUGAGAUGGGAUCCAAGGGACCGAGGAAAAAAACCCACACUGCUACUCAGGCGGGACCUGCAGGGUGCGAGGGCCUGCAGCAGGUCUGGGAGGCCCAGUGGCAGGCCUUCCUCAAGGCGAUGGAGUCACCCCACUCUGAGGCGGGGAGCUCACAGCUGGCGGAAAUGGCUCCCUGGGGCGAUCUGAAGACUUCCCUAGCCCCUUUUGAGGCCAUCACUGCAGCCAGCCAGCCAGCAAAAGAAGGGUACCUCCUUCCUAUCCUCAACGGGGCGAGCCACCAGGUCCACGUCAAGCUCGAUCUGAGAGCAAAGGGCCCCUACACCAAAGUGAAGCAGGAGGAGGAGGUGAAGGAGGCCCUCAGCACAGAGGGACACCGGCAACGCUUCAGGGAGUCUCGCUGCCGCCAGGCUGAGAGCCCCCGCCAGGCCUGCAGCCGGCUCUGGGAGCUUUGCCGCCAGUGGUUGAAACCGGAGAGACGUACCAAAGAGGAAAUCCUGGACUUGCUGGUCUUGGAGCAGUUCCUGGAUGUCCUGCCUCAAGGGAUCCAGAGUCGGGUGAAGGAUCAGGCUCCUGAAACCUGUGCCCAGGCGGUGGCCCUGGUGGAGAAUUUCUUGCCAGCUCAGGGAGAGGCAGGGAGUUGGGAAGAGCAGGGCCCGGGUCUCUUUCAGAAGGUGAUUGUGAAUGUCCCAGAUGAGGCAACUAUAUUGGGAGAGGCAGGCAGGCAGAUCUGGAACGUGGUGAAACAUGAGUGUGGAGGAAAUGCCAGCUCCGGGGGUAAGCAGUAUGUGAUGCAGAAAGAGGAUCGCGGGCGAGAAAGCUCUGAGCAAGAACCGCAGCACGGGAUGCUGGAGGAGAGAGAGACAGCCAACGGGCUCAAGCACUGCAAGCAGGCGGGACCGAAUGAGGGCCUGUGUGGGCCAUGGAGGCAACAACAGGCAAGCUGUCCGAGGCAGAGGAUGGAUCAGCUCAUUCCUAGCAUGGGCCUUUACCAAGGACUGAGUGGACUACUUACCGGGGAGAGGCCUGUGACCCUGACCGAGUACAGAUGGACUUCUAACUCCAAGGCGAGCGAGAGGACCGAGGCAGAAGAGAAACCCUUCAAAUGCGUGGAGUGUGGGAAGGCCUUCCGCACAAAGGACAAGCUCAUCCGACAUCACAAGACCCACACAGGGGAGAAGCCGUAUGGUUGCUUGGACUGCGGCAAAUCCUUCAGCACUAAGUACGGGCUUUUCCGGCACUACCGGAUCCACCGGGGAGAGAAGCCGUACGGGUGCUCGUACUGCGGCAAGUUCUUCCGGAUGAACUACGACCUCAUCCGCCACCACCGGGUCCACACGGGGGAGAAGCCCUUUGAGUGCUCGGACUGCGGGAAGUCCUUCGGCAUGAACUCCGACCUCGUCAGACACCAGAGGAUCCACACGGGGGAGAAGCCCUUCCAGUGCUCGGACUGCGGGAAAACCUUCAAUGUCAAGGGCAGCCUGGUCGCCCACGUCCGGAUCCACAAGGGCAUGAAGCCGUACAGGUGCGGUGAGUGCGGGAAAUGCUUCAACCAGAGUUCGAAACUGAAGGCCCACGUGAAAAUCCACGCGAGGUAGAAGCAUGGAACAAACGUCCCAGA